CCAAAGUCCACUCAGCAAAAGCAACAACAGCGAAGCAACCCGCUGCUGAGGUGGACUCCGGUAACCCUCCCCCCACCAGUUUUCCUCGUCCCGCUGCUACUAUUACUUCUCGCCGCCUUUUACAUUCUUCCUCCUUCUUCCUCUCCUCCUCAGGUCCAGCAACUUCAGCAUCUUCCACCCGUUCAACCAGUAUCUUAUACCCCUCCCUCUUCAACUCCUCCAGAACCAGUCGCCAUGGCUUCCACCGAGCAGACCUUCAUUGCCAUCAAGCCUGAUGGUGUCCAGCGUGGCCUGAUCGGCCCCAUCAUCACCCGCUUCGAGAGCCGUGGCUUCAAGCUGGUUGCCAUCAAGCUGACCACCCCCGGCAAGGACCACCUCGAGGCUCACUGUUCGUCACUCCAUCCGGCUUCAAGCUUUGGCUACAUGAACUCCGGCCCCAUCUGCGCCAUGAUCUGGGAGGGCCGUGAUGCCGUCAAGACCGGCCGCACCAUCCUCGGUGCCACCAACCCCCUUGCCUCCGCCCCUGGCACCAUCCGUGGCGACUACGCCAUCGACGUCGGCCGCAACGUCUGCCACGGCUCCGACUCCGUCGAGAACGCCAAGAAGGAGAUUGCCCUCUGGUUCAAGGAUGGCGAGGCUGUCAACUGGAAGUCUGCUCAGUUCGACUGGGUCUACGAGAAGGCUUAAGCGUUUCAUGUGACGAAGCUCUGAAGCAGCUGUAAAGCUAUACAGUACUCGUACCUUUGUAUAACGUGCGUCAGGGUAGAACAUGAAAUCUAAAGCAAAAAAAGAAAAAGAAAAAAAGGCAUGCUGAACUCGGUUCCUUUUGCUUGCUUCUACGUUUUCCGGGCCAGUGAAGGCUUGAACCUAAUGAGAAUCUUGGCGAACCACGGCGUAGCCCAGACACUGCCAAUGAUUCGGAGAGGCAGAAGGGCUUUCGUUAUGGCAUAUGCCAAUGCGACCUCGACGAGGAUCUUGUACUUUUGCUCCCCAUUUUUCCACCGCUGCACAGCGUCCUCCACAUGCGCGUCCUGGGCAGACGUGCCGCUGUCCUCCUGCCCAAAACCAAACCAGCCCUUUCGCUUGAAGUACCUCUCGAACCUCUCGACCCCCAUCUGGACGUAUUCCCCAAAGUGCUCCGUCACAUAAGAGAUGGGCAAGUA